AUGAAAUCACUAUACUGGGAAGAAGGGGGCAUACGUGUUGAUGGAAGAUUUCUUUCUAACCUUCGUUUCGCGGACGACAUCGUUCUCUUUUCGAGCAGUACCAAUGAAGCAGAAACGAUGCUCAACGAAUUGAACGAAGCAGGGAAGAGAAUAGGACUGCGAAUAAACAGAAAGACACAGUUCAUGAAGAACGCCCACUGCGAGGACGGAGGAGUACAACUUGAAGGCUCCCAAAUCGUGGAAACUCCGUCAUACGUAUACCUCGGGCGUUCUAUGAACAUGGAAAACGACUUGAAGGAAGAACUGAAUAGAAGAAUGAGAGCAGGGAGGGCAGCAUUCGCAGCCGUCAGGAAAGCUACGGACCAACUGACGCACCAAGAUCUUCGUGCCCAUCUGUUUGACUCGACAGUCCUUCCAGCGCUCUGUUACGCAGAGGAGACGUGGACAGACACCGCUACCACGUCUAGGAAGCUAAUUACUACUCACAGAGCCCUUGAGAGAUGUCUCCUGAAGUUUAACCGGCGCACACAACACCUUGCCGGUCUUCGUAGCUCCGACUUAAGAGGAAUGUCCCGUAUUCGCGACCCAGCAGAAUAUGUAUCGAAAGCAAAACAUAGAUGGACCGGUCACAUCAUGAGAAGAAUCGACGAUAGGUGGACUAAAAAACGCUAG